UGGCCGCCGCCGGUGGGUGCGUGGUGGCCGAUGUCGAAAGCGGUCCCGCGAUCUGUCUGUGCUGCUCUCAGGAAGUGCGUGCUGCAGUGGUGAAGCAGUGCUGCUGAAUAGCGUUCUCCUCUGUCGCUAGCAUGGUUGUGCGUCGACCGCCAAUAUGAUGAAGUGGAGGGUGCAGGGCAAGUCGGGCUGCUCCACGAGGAAGAGCUCUGCAAUCCGAUCGGCCAAACGAGCAAACGCUGAAGACUCGGACGACGUCCGUGCGUCCCUGGAUUUCUUGGACAAGGUGAUCGCCGAGUACAACGGCAAUGCCGCCGAGAACGGUGUGACGCCGGCUCCGGAAGAUGACGCUAAGCCUCCGAAGACGAGAGCGGACGAGCUUCCUCCUUCCUCGGACGAGAGACCCGAUGUGUCGCCGCAUGAACGCUUCUCCAUCAACCUGGUCAUAGUGAACAACGACGUCGUUAAGGAGGAUGAACACGACACUACGCCGCCACCAGUGCCCAAGCGGCCGCCGCCAAGCCUUCCCCGGUCCUCUUCCACAGGCUCCGUGACGUCAGCACGCGAAUAUCCCGUCAGUCCUCCGCCUAGAAGACGGUACCUGAGCCCCGAGCGACGACGACGGGCACUGAUGAUGAAUAACGUCGCCAAUGGUACCUCAGCGAGCACGCCGGACUCUCCGGAGAGUCGUCUGGGCCGCCCCUUCCAGUGUUCCAUCACAGAGCUCCAAGCUACCUUCGGCAAGAAAUCCAUAAUUCCGGAGGCGACAAGACCGCUAGCCGAUCAAGCGCGUGUAACGGCUGUCACGUGCCAAAGCGACACGAUGUCCGCCAGAACUCUGCCUAGAACGGGUCUCCAGCCGACGUACGUAGAUUCCGACGGCGACUCGCCAAGUCAUCUGGAUCGCGUCGACAGCUUCGGCAGGGACGAUGGGCUGAGGGGGCACGCGACCUCUGCAGGCGAGUUUAAGCCUUACAGGUCGCCGCCAGUGCAAACGCGCCUGCCGAAAGAAUUCGCUGUUCUUUCUAGCCCGAUGGAAGUGUCGAGAGCAUUGGUGGGCUGCCGUGCUGUUGCUACUUCUGCAAGCUCCGGCGCUGAGAGUAGGCCUCAGGCCACGAAAGACGAUAGCCUUCGACGGCAAGCUGCGUCUCCUAUAUGCUCCAGAGCUUUCUUUUACUCUCCUAAGCAGUGCGUUUUACGAGGGCAAGACGAAAGCAUGAAACCCGUUGGCGACGAAGUGCAGGUCACAUCGGGAUCAGAAGUGAGGGUCGGUUCACCAAGUCCGCACAACAACCAGCGCACUGACGCUGCUGAAGGGGAAACCCAAAACAUGUCAGAUAGCCUGAAGCCUGCGGUCUGCGCAAACAACGGCUGCUCGAAUUCAGAAGGCAGCAAGAUCGUCCGUGUGGUCAACGGUCGCUACUCGCCGAACGAAACCGUUCACGACAGGGAAAACGCCAGGCUAACAGUAACGUUUCGAACUCUGCCAGAGACGGGGAGCUUCCGGCGCAAAUGCGAAUCUCGUAACUCCAUUCAUGUGGACUUGAACGUACGCGACGGCCUUCCCUGGAAUGGGCGGACACAAGGCUCCGCGUCGUCGGGGAGCGGUGACGAAGGCGGCCACGCCGCGACGACGUCGAGCUCAGGUUUAUGCCGCAGCCGCAGUCUCAGAAGCCAUCGGAAGCCCGAGCUAUCGGACGGCGUUUCUACGUCCAGAACGAUGGAGGAUUUCUUACCUCCGCCGCUUCCGCCGCGUAAGGCCAAGGAAGAAGCCAAGCGGCAGGCAGAGGAGAACGCCUCACCCACGCUGAAAAGGGUCACCUUCCAGAUUCUUCCAACGACCCACGAGAAUCCGGAACACAAGUCGUCCCCCGCGGAAUCGGCAAACGAUACUCAAGAGGACGGCUUUUUCACGCGCCCGCCGCCCAAGACUCCAUCGCCCGUAGUUGUUAAAGGGCGAGCGCCAUCGCCCACGUGUCACAGAGCGACCAAUGGCUCUCCUGUCGUGGGUAAGAUCAAGGAGCCGUCGCCACAGUGUCAACGCCGACUGAACUCGAAGACAGCGACCAAGGUGAACGGCGUUCACGGCAAAACGGGACCGAGGGACGCCGCGAGGACGCAGGGACAUCCAAAGAAAGAAGCCAACACCGUGGUCAAGAAGACGUUCGAACCGCCUUCGGCCGCGAGUGAUGUGUCUACGGAUUGUUACAAUGUAUACAACGUCCGCACUGGCAAGAUCUCCUCCACCGUGACCAAACCGAACGCGCUCGGCCGUAGCGCGGCCAGAGUGCCCGAGGAGUGCUCCAACGGGACGCGCAGAGAAGGUCAGCUGACCAAGCUAAGGAACAUAUCCCCAACCAGGGAGGCGGAGAAACUCAUCGGUAAAAUCAUUUCUAGGUGCAAGUCGAGCGCGGUGCUGAACGGCCGAGAGAGAAACAAGCCCGCCUCGCCGCCCCCUCCGUCGGCGGACGGAGGCAACGCACAGCCGCGGCUAAUCAAGCUCACCGCCAGGCAGCAGCAGCGACACAGUAGGUGCACCAAGUGUGCCCUUGCCCAGGCAGCCAAGUGACGUCACCGACAGUGAAUUUUCCGAUGACGUCAUCUCUCUCGCUUCUUCCUUUAAACAGCACUCACCUGUUCCUCCUCCCCGCACCGGUGGCAUUCUGCCAAGUGGGCAACCUCCAACUGAGAAAAACAACACGACCACCUGAAACUGGACCGUUUUGUCUGCGUCGCUGCUUAGACGGAGCGGAGGUGUGCACGCCUCCUGUCGGACGUUCUUUCCUCGAGAAUCGUCGCUCUGUGCCUGAUGUACAUUAGUCGUGUAAUUAAAGAUUCCUAUUAACAAUCUAGCGGAUGCCCAUUU